CUCCUCCGUUCGGCCCUCACCGCCGGCCGGUUGCGCCGCCAGUGGAUAGCCGCCCUGUUUCCGCGCCGCCACUCAACCCCAGCCAACCCCCCGUGCACUCGCCAGUGCCAGCCGCUCGUCCUCCUCCGCGGUCGCCGCUGCGCGCUCACUUCUCCUUUAGCUGGUGCCGGUCGGCGCUACUGCCCCAACAACCAGGUGCGAUCCAGUCGGGAGGGGGGAUUUGACUUCCCAACGCCGUCUCCCCCAAAUUACACCCGCCGACCAAUCCCCACUGAUGAGUGGCGAAGCAGGCAUGUCCCAUCAAUCAAACACUUCUUCCUGCUCAGAUGAUUCUGAAGAUGGAAACACCAUCAACCCAGCAGGCAAAUACAAAUACACUAUGGAAGAAUUCAUUGCUGAGCACAGUGUCAUGCACAAUUUACUUCGGCGGAUCAAUGUGAAGAUUCAGGCCAAAAUCAAAGCACGGCAAGGUGGUACAUCUCGCCGCCGGAAAGGUUUUAAUAGGAGAGUCAUAGAGAGAGAUCAUGGAGAGGGUCAUCAACGGCUUGUCACUGACUUCUUUUCUGAUGAUCCAGUCUAUGAUGAAAAAAUAUUCAGAACAAGGUAUCGCAUGAGUAGACCACUCUUUCUACGUAUUGUCCAUGCGCUAGGUGAGUGGUCUCCCUAUUUCACCAAAAGGGCAGAUAUCUGUUGUCGCCAAGGGUUAUCACCUUUGCAGAAGUGCACAGCGGCUAUUCGUAUGUUAGCUCGUGGCUCCCCAGCAGAUGCUGUUGACGAAUAUGUACAAAUUGGUACGAGCACAGCAAUGGAGUGUUUGGAGCGGUUUGCAGAAGGAGUGAUUGACAAGUUUGGCGGAGAAUAUUUGCGAGGCCCUACUAGUGUUGAUAUGCAGCAUCUACUACAAAUUGGUGAAGGCUACGGCUUCCCUGGCAUGUUGGGAAGCAUUGGUUGUAUGCACUGGGAGUGGGAAAGUUGCCCUCCUAAAUGGAUGCGCCGUCUUAAUCAUAGUGACCACGGCUUUGCCACGUUUAUUCUUGAGGCUGUUGCUUCACAAGACCUCUGGAUAUGGCAUGCUUGUUUCAAUGUUGUUGGGUCCAUCAAUGACAUCAGUGUUCUCAAUCAAUCACCGUUGUUUAUGGAAGUCUUGAAGGGACAAGCUCUCCCGGUGCAAUUCUCCAUCGAUAAGAGUCAAUAUGAUUUGGGAUACUACCUUGCUGAUGAAAUUUAUCCAGAAAGCACUGUAUUUGUUAAGACGAUGCCAUUCCCUCGAACAGAAAAGGAACGAUUGUUUGCUAAACAUCAAGAAGAGGCAAGGAAGGAUGUUCAGCGUGCAUUUGGAGUCCUGCAAUCUCGUUUCCCCAUUGUUCGUGGUCCAAUUCGCUUUUUCCAACGAGCGACUCUUGGAAAAAUCCUGCAAGCCUGUGUCAUACUCCAUAACAUGGCAGUUGAGGAUGAGAAAGACAUGGCAAGUGCUUAUUCUGAACCAAACGAAGCGUCAGGUAUAACGGUUGUUUUACCAUCAAACAUCAAAACUGGGCCUGCCAAUUGCUUAACUAAUGUACUUCAGAGGACUGCCACUAUUUGUAGUCAAGCAACACAUGGCCAGCUAAGAAGGGAUUUAAUUGAGCAUAUCUGGCAGCAGUUUGGGCCAUUUGGUGACAAGUAAAUAAGUUCUAGUAUUAUUAGUGUACGACGUCAUGUCGCUUGGUGGGUCACUGGGGCCAGUGAUCCGUCUGUUUUAUUGACAUCUAUGUGCUGCAUCAUAUAUAACAGAGAAACCAGUCUUUCGUGCGCUGUUAUCAAAAUUAUCGUAGUGGGCACUGUGGUGUUGAGCUUGCGUUGCUCAUAUUUCGAAAUGGCCACUCAUCGUUGCUAUUGUCAGUGUCUUGUGCAGGCUACAAUUGGCUUUUUGAAAGAAAAAAAGAAGCUAAUUGUCAGGAUACAAUGAGACAGGGCAUCUGACUGUGAGCUAUCAAUUCUGCCACUGGAAAUUGGAAAAACAAAUACCUUAUAUUUUCGUUCGCUUACAGAAGCAUAUCCUUUCAUCAGCAGCUUAUCAGCUGUCAGAGCAGAGUUUCAGUAAGAAGACAUAGAAACGUCUUAUUCUUGAAAGGAAUCGUCAAUCUGCAUAAGGAACUCUGUGCCUUUGCUGUAGUCUAUUCUAUAAAGAUUUCAGUGAAGUAUUAUGCUUCCGAAGUAAAAGAACAUCUUCAUCGCCCUACCUGAUUAAACUGUGGCAUACCUGAGUUAUCUGGUGCAACUGAGUAUUAUGAUAUUUUUUUUAUCAACAGUUUGAAA